AUGCAUGGCAAUAGCACAGGACGAGAUAAGCUCGGACAAGAGAUUUUGUGGAGCUCCAGAGGACAACAAGUAAUAAUGCAAUGGGAGAAACAAUACAUGGAACUGUGCGUCGAUGCUUUAGAUAUUCAAUUGACGGACCGUGUACUGGAAAUUGGCUCUGGAUUGGCCUAUUCGUCUUCUCGCAUCCAGACAUUCAAGCCACAAAGUCACGUUAUCGUUGAAUGCGAUUUAGAAACGUUGCAACGGGCUCGAAUGUUUGCAGCAAGACAUAAUCGAGUGGAAAUUAUGCCUGGAACAUGGCAAAAGGUGCUGCCUGAAUUGGACCAAUAUGACUGUGUUUUCUUUGACGACUAUCCGUCACGGUGGCACGAGUUUUUGGAUAUCGUCUUGAAGCACUGUGCGGCUGGGGCAAGGAUCACAGGGUACCUUGCACGAGAGCUGGAUUUGACACGCUCUGGAUGCCAAGUUAUGCUUUCAAGAGUACAAGUUGAUGUGCCAGAGCAUUGCAACUACUUCCCAAAUGAAACGGCUCUGGUGCCGGUGAUCACGGUUACGGAUCCAGUUAUUGCUGCUGGCGCAAGCGACAUUAGUUUGACAUCACCAGUGAAACUUCUGUUGCCCCAAGUUUCCAAGAGGUUUCAGCGUGCAUUUAACAGCACGACAAGCAGGUUAGUGCAAGCAUUACAUGCGGACACAAAAUUUUCUCGAGAACGACAGCACAUUGCUGAGAUACGUGAGUUUCUACUAGCCCAUGAUACGGCAACUUUCUUAAGCGAGCAGUCUGCUGAGUGUGACGAUACUGAAAUUUGUAGCCGCAUGGAUGAUAAAGUAUUGGAUUCCAGAGAGGAAACUUCAGUCGGACGCCAGCAAGUAGACGAAGGGCCAAUACACUACGACGACAAAGAGUCAAGACAAAACUAUUUGCGCACGCUAAGAAGCAAGGCCGCGCUUUCCAAAAGUGUGCGAUAG